AUUACAUUCGUGGAGAUUCCUCCUCCGUAAAAUCUCAUAAAGUUGUUUAAAUUUUCUCAUUUCGAUCUAAUCAAAAUUUUAGCAUCCUCUGUCACAGGACGAGACGCUAUCAUAUACCCAUCAGGUCGGCGAAAUUACCAAUGAGCCCAGAAAGUUUACUUCACUUGUCGCUCGGAAGGUUGAUGGUACUCCGUUGGAUGACAUUAUUCUGGGAUUCUGUUUUGAUACCUAGAGAACCAUUCUGCAAGAAAAUCGGAGCCACAGGGCAUGAGUGGCUCGAUAACUUGUCUGAGGAGAUACAUGAUGGGCUUGCCAAGACUCACCAGACCAACAAUCCAGUAUUGAUGGAGAGAAAGUUGCAAGAACUUAAAAGUCGAUUUCCAGACCAGGGACCUUACGUCCUCACUCAUACGGAUCUAUCUCCAGCUAACGUUAUGAUAAAGGAUGGUGAGAUUGAGGCAAUCAUUGAUUGGGAAUGGGCAGGCUAUUAUCCUUGAAUGAUUUCAAAGCCUGGCUGGAACCAGUUCAUGAGGUUGGGGACCUAUUUAGGAGAUGGAUAACAGAGCAUCUCGGCCGCGACGGAUUCUGGAGGCGUCGUGCUUUUUGUAAAUGCUAGCGAUACGGGGGUGUAGUCCAUAUAGGAGCGUUUGGUCAGCCAACUGGGCACAGGGUCAUCAAAAAAGGCUAUGACCCUGAAGAGGAAGCUUGCAGAAAUCAAUUCUUAAUCCCAAUUGAUGGUGAAUAAAUGGGGCAGCAAAGCACCUCGGCCUAGAGAUUUUGGGAUGGACGAAGAGGGGGAAAUUGUCUUAAUGAACUGGAGCCUCCAUAAUUUAUUUCGCAAACCCAAAGUUUUAUAGCAGUUC